UACGUCACUGUUUGCGUCACACGAGGGUGACGGGGAGGAGCAAUUUAUAAAUCAGCAGUUAGUUUGUACACCGUUUAGUUUUUUUUUUUAAUUCAAAAAUUACGGAGGAGUGUAUUGUUGAAUUACUGGCGGAUCUCAUACCUAAAUGAUGUUUCCUGAAAUUACCCCAGAUUAUGGCUAUGAGGAGUGCAAGAGCACAGCAGAGUGGCUUCUGGCUCAAAAGGCAGCGCGUCCACAAGUGGGCAUUGUGUGCGGUUCCGGUCUCGGGGGCCUGGGAGAGAUGUUGAAGGAUCAGGUGGUCUUCAAAUAUGAGGACAUCCCCAGUUUCCCUCAGAGCACUGUGCUUGGACAUACAGGACAGCUCGUGUUUGGGAUGUUGGAAGGGAAACCCUGUGUCUGCAUGCAGGGCAGAUUCCAUCUAUAUGAAGGACACCCUGUCCAAAAGACCACACUGCCUAUGAGGAUCUUCAAGCUCCUGGGGGUGAAAACGGUGAUCCUGACCAAUGCAGCUGGAGGGUUGAAUGAGGACUACAAGGUGGGGGACAUCAUGAUCAUCAAGGACCAUAUCAACAUGCCAGGUUUUGCUGGGGUCAACCCACUGGCAGGGAAAAACGACGAGCGGUUCGGAGUGCGAUUCCCUUGCAUGUCAGAUGCAUAUGACCGGGACCUGAGACAGCUGGCACAGGACGUGGGCGAGGAACUCGGUUACAAGGACUUCCUGCGUGAAGGAGUCUACUGCGUGUUGGGUGGACCCUCCUACGAGACCAUUGCAGAAUGCCGCAUGCUGCACAGACUGGGGGCGGAUGCUGUCGGAAUGAGCACAGUCCAUGAGGUGAUUGUGGCCCGCCACUGCGGCAUGCGUGUCUUUGCCCUGUCGCUGAUCACCAACAAGGCGGUGAUGGACUACAACAGUGAGGAGAAGGCCAACCAUGAGGAAGUGCUGCAGACUGGGAAGCAACGGGCCGAGCAGCUGGAGAAGCUGGUCUCCAGUAUGGUGUCCCGCAUCAAACACAACUGAGUGUGAAGGAUACAGUGGGGGUUUCAGCUGGCUAACCUGACCGUUGGCACAGUUACACUAUACACUACUAUACUAUGUUUACUGCCCUUAUUACUUUCAGUGUUACUGCUCUUAUUUUACUGUCAUUACUCUUUUUUACUGCUUUUGAUUGUGUCUGCAUCCCCCCUCUCUUUAAUACUUUUAUACUUUGUAUUCCUUGGGUCAGAUGUGAUGAACCAAUUAUAUGCUUGUAUAGAACUUGGAGACAUCUUUGCUUUGCAUUUGUUUUAGAAAAGUAAAGGUUUCAUCUUUUGUGACCAUCA